AUGGAAGCGAAAAGCGAACGUCCGAUUGUAAACGGUAAUGGGCCGCUCAAGGUUGAUGAUAAUGGGUGGAAAUUUUAUGGAAAUUUUGAAGGAAGUUUUGAACUUCAAUGCCAUCGAAAGGUGUUUAAAGAACACGGAGGCGAGCAGCGUUGCACCUCCCAACUAGCAUACCCCAUAAAAACCACAGAAAGCCAAAAGGACAAGCAUCCGACUUAUCUGGCUGCUAGCCCCAAUAAUAACAGUCUUGUUAUUGAAAGGCAAUAACAAGAUUAUCUGUACGCUCCCGAGCGGAUUUCUUCUUCACGUCGAAUUCCUUAUCACUUUUUUGUAAACCGAGAAAUUGUCUGUGUCAUGUCUUUUGUGUCAAGUGGUUUACUCAAGUAUCUUUUCGUUUUUUCCAUUUUCUAAUAUGUGUUUAUUGUCUGAUUGCCUUCGGCAACUAAAUAUCAAGUUGACCUUUAGUACGGCCGGACGCGGCAACGGCAACAAACACCGGAAUUGCCGACGUGGACAAUUGUAAUGAAAGAGUCAGUGGGUCGGAACGCAAGCCCAGCGAACGGUUGGCUGCUGACGAGGAGUCUCGGAGAGAGAACUCGGUUGUGUGUAUUGUGGUUUUCGAAGUAUGGGUUUUGAAUGAUAAACUAUCGGUGAUGCUUGGUUUGGGAUUUAUUGUGAAGGUCAAGAGGGACCGGUUGGGGGUAGUUGCGGUUGGUGGUCAGGGAUACCGAAAGUGCACCUAUUUGGCGACAGAGAUCCACGGCGUUGGAUCUCUCUCACCUCUAGGAGGUCACCAACUCCGCUUUGCCACUGGACUUUCCUCACCUUGA